UUGAAUAAAAAGAAAAUCCGAGAAAAAAGGAAACUCAGGUUACUCUGAAUAUUAAAUAAUAACUAAAGAAAAAAAGGAUAAUUACUUCUUCUUUUUUUUUAACAAUUUAUAUAUUAAAGAACCCUAAAAGCUCUGCCCACAAAUCACACAAUCAAACAAACCGACUUCUCGUCUUCUCAUGCCUCUCCCUCCUAAGAAAAAAACCCUAAUUUUUAACUGCACUCAUCAUGGACAAGAUUCAUCAACCACCACCACCGAUGGCGAGGAAGGUAUGGAGGACCAACGUCGAUAAGGAGAUGGGUCUUAUGCAGACCUGUCUCAGGACGUUCCCACUCAUCGCAUUCGACACAGAGUACCCUGGCAUUGUUUUCCGGACUUUCAUCGAUUCAUCCAACGAAGAAUGGUACGUAGCCUUGAAAGGUAACGUCGAGAACACGAAGCUGAUCCAGUGUGGUUUCACUCUCUUCAACGCCAAGGGAGAGAUCGGUGGCACUUGGGAGUUUAACUUCUCCAAUUUCGGCGAUCCAUCCGACACACGCAACGAGGUUUCGAUCGAGUUUUUGAGGGGACACGGUCUUGAUUUGCAAAAGAUUCGAGACCACGGUAUUGAUAUGUUCGGCUACGGGUUCUUCCCCAAGCUUAUCGCCAUGUUUCAAUCCCAGGAACACGUUGAGUUCAUCACGUUUCAAGGAGCUUACGAUUUCGCCUACUUCCUCUGUAUCCUCAACAACGGCAAACUACCUGACACUCGCGGAGAGUUUGCAUCGGAGAUUGUGAAGGUCUUUGGUCAGGUUUAUGACACCAAGGUCAUGGCUGGAUACUGUGAAGGGCUCGGUGACCACCUGGGACUAAGUAAAUUGGCUCAGCUACUCGACAUCACUCGUGUGGGAAGAGCACAUCACGCUGGUUCCGACAGCUUAAUGACUGCACUUGUCUUCACCAAGCUCAAACAAAUCUAUGAAGAGUCCAUGUAUGCUAGAGGAUUGAUCUACGGUAUUGGAAAGAGAAUGCUCCAAACCUCCCCUGCCCCUGCCCCUGCCCCUGCCCCUGCCCCUGCUCCUGCCCCUGCCCUUGUCCCUGUCCCUGUCCCUGUCCCUGUCCCUGCCCCUGCCCCUGCGCCGGCGUCCCUUAUCCCUUUUAUGUGUCACCAGAAUCUAGCUUCAUAUCCUAUGUUCCAUAAUGGAUAUGUCUCAAACUACGAUGUACCUUCGCAUUGCUUCAUCGAUGAUCUUGGUCAGACAUGGGCGCUCAACCAUAUUGGUGUGUAUGUGCCGCUUAACUAUCAUCCACUUUCAAGCACAGUUACAUACCCGUCUCAGACAGCACCUGCAGUUGAGUACCUUGGACCGCUUCCGAAUUAUUACGAUAAGAAUGCUUGCUACGUAGUUGAGUAGAUUAAGAUUUCCUGCUUUAGGAUGAUUAGAUGCAUUUGACAUUUUUUUUCUUUUUUUCCUUUUUGGCUUUUCGUAGUAGUAAUGAAGGAUUUAUUUUAUAUAUUUAUCGAUUGUUUACAUGGCUUACUCUAUCAGCUGAGUAAUGCCUGUCUGCAAUUCGUUAUAUAUAAAAGACCAAACUAUUUUACAUAUCUUUCUUCUAUCUUGAAUUUUCUUUCACACAAACUGCACAUCUAUAAA